AUAAAGACAAAACCCUUUUUAUUUCUCAUUUAUCCCUUGCUUUCCCCACUCACUAACACAUUCAAUUAUAUGAUUCAAACGCACUCAAUCCUCUUUUGUUGCUGUUUUUCUUCUUCAUUUCUUUUCUUCACCUAACUUAAUCUCCUAUUUUCCCCAAUUAAAUAUAUUUCUAUAUGCACCCUCAAGUUAAGGUUGGAUUCAAACAUUCCCAGAUUAAAAUUUUCCUUUUUUUCUAUAAUUUCUAUGAUUUUGGGGGGUACUUGCUUGUUUUUACUUGGAAAUUGAGGUCAUCCUUCUUUUUUUAAUUAGGUGACAUCCAAAGUUUCAUUUUUCAAUAGAAUCUUGAUGGUUUAUGAUAAUAUGCCAAUGUUAUGUCUCGAAUCAUGAAGUGGGUUGUUGAAAGAUAUUCAUUUUCAAAGUUUUAUUUGAUCACAUUGAUCUUCCUCUGCAAUUAAAAGCAGCAUUUUUGUUUAUCCGUUACAAGUUUAGUUUUUGGUGGUUGGAGUUUGCACUGUGGCAUGUAUAUGUAGUAAGGAUUUCUUUUCUGGUUAGAAAAUAAUUGAGUUGAACGAAUUGGUAAUGGAUCAAGCCGCAAGUGAGGGGAUUGGUGAGGUAAUGGAUCCUGUUCAUGAAAGGGUUGAUGAUAAUUUGAGUCAUGAACCUGAUGGGGCUGCAGUUGAUGCAGUAGGUAGGGGUAGCUUGGGUGAGAGAGUCACUAUAAGUGGAGAAGUUGGAACUUCAGAACAAAAGGGUAAGGAUUUGGGAUCAGAUAAGGAGUUAAAGGUGGAACCUGAGGAAGUUGAGAGUGGGAAGAAGUGUGAUCACCAAAAAAACAGUGAUACAAUGUCUGAGGUUGAUCAAGGAACUAGUUAUAAUUCAAGCAAUUUGGUUAAUCAGCAAGUGGUUGAAACUGUGGUUGUAAUAGAGCCUGUUCAGAGUGAGUGUGUUAAUGGGGACAGUAUGAAAUUGGAGCUGAAGGUAAAUGAAUCAGGGUUGAGCAAAGUAUCUGUGAGAGCACCCAAAGGGGUUUCCGAAAUGACAGAUAAGAAUUCUUGUGUGAUUGAUAUAAGGUGCACCAACCACAAACGGUUUAGUGAGAGUUCAGAAGGUGAAAGGAUUUGUAGGAUUUGCCACCUUGCUUCUGGGCGAUCAUCGGAUGCAACAGCUGUUGGAACUGCCAAUGGUGCUACUAGUACUGAUUUGAUUCAGCUUGGUUGUUCAUGUAAGGAUGAGCUUGGCAUUGCGCAUGUUCAUUGUGCUGAGGCCUGGUUCAAGCUUAAAGGAAACAGACUAUGUGAAAUAUGUGGCGAGACUGCGAAAAAUGUGUCUGGUGUUGCUGAUGCUGGAUUCAUGGAAGAGUGGAACGAAGGGAGAUUCAUGGACCACGAUAACUCAUCACGCAGGUUUGGUGGAUGUUGGCGAGGACAGCCAUUUUGUAACUUCUUGAUGGCAUGCCUUGUAAUUGCUUUUGUUCUUCCAUGGUUUUUUCGUGUAAAUAUGUUCUAGCUACCGAUUCAAUCACUGUUCUUCCCUUCCAUUCUUCAUUACACGCAUACAUAUUGAGUGUUUUAUUGGUUCCUGGCCUAAAAAAACGGUUGCUGAAGCUUAUACAUAUAAAAGAAGUUGCCAACUUCACAGGUUACUGAAAGAUUGUUUCCCUGUUGCAAUCUUUGUGGGGUGUGUGUGUGUCUGUCUCUUUUGAUCUGUUGUGAAUAUUGGAACCUCUGUUUCCAUUUUCUUUCCUUGAAGAAAUGAGAGGAAAAUAAUAAUAAUAGAAAAAAUACACAUGUAUAUUUUACA